GGCAGGCGGCAGCGACACAGGUUCUGAGAGAAAGUGCGUCUGUGUUUUCCUGAAGAGAAACGCUCCGGGAGCUGUGUUUUAAAACGAGCCGCACCGAGGCAGGGGGGGCGCUGGCCGCGGGGUCCCCGAGGGCGCUGUCCCUGCUGACGAGCUCCGCGAAUGCGUGGCCAUUCGCCCCGCGGAGCUAAGGUCGGAGGCGAGUGAAGACGCAUCUUUUGCGGGAGAAAAUGUGCGACACGGAAGUCGGGCUCACGGGACGGUCACGGCGCUGUCACAUGCUGUGCGGAGCCGGGGCAGGCUGGUCCAGCAGCUCGUCCGGGCCAGCAGGCUCACUGCGCAAACACUUCCCGUUAGACAUUGACAGACAACCCAGGCCACAUGCUGUGACAUGGCUUACUGCCUUUCUUAAGACUUGGCGCCCGAUGCAUGCACUUGGUCAGAUGUAAAACACAGCCUACAUGGCGUUUCCAAGUUGAUGGAAAACCAGAAUUUCUUGGCGGCCUACGGUGGAUGCUUAAUCAUUUUGUUCUUUUGUGUAGUAAACAUUGCAUCUUUGCUUUCAAGAUGAUGAUGAUAAUAGAAGACAGGAGCCAUUCUAUUUUUUUUUAAGGGCUGGGUUAAGAGAGCCAAAACCAGCUGCAAAGUUACAUAACGUUAAGAAGUGUAAUCAUGGUUUGGAGACGUCCAAAGAAGAACCUGUAUUUGGCAUGAACUGCCAGUGGGCGCUUGAACGUUGGCCCCUCUGGUUUUGGCCAUGUGAGCCCUUCAUACCCAAAUUUUCUCCAGUACUGGCCCCAAAUCUACAUUUUUUACAUGAUUUUUUUCUUCAGGUUUCAUGUUACUAGCAACCAGUUCAGUUACAUCCUCACACGAUGGCUGUGAGCUGGGUAAACUCAUUUGCCACCUCUGCAGAUUAUCACCCAAGCAUUCAGAAGUAAUUGGAGUUAAAACAGGAAACUUCCUGGAAACUCUUAGGCAAAGCGAGACAAUGGGAAGGAGACAAUGGGAUUUAACCUGGGUGGGGAGAAGAGGGUCACAGCCAAGUGACGAUGUAACAGCUAAGUGAAAUCUCAGCUGGACAAGGAGGCCACAAGUCCCGUGGGCCAGGCCACGGCAGGCGCAGCCUCACUUCAGACGAUGAAGGCCCCCGCGCUGCUCCGCCACCUCCGCCUGCACCUCCUGCACGGGCUCUUCAGACCCCCUCCCCACCGGCGCUCUGUCUGUGCCACGAGUGCGCCCCUCGGGCCAGGCCUCCUGCGAGCUCCUCCGGGCCGCCCCCUUGGACUUCACGGUCUGAAGCGGACGCUGCUGCCAGGCGGCUUAACGAGAAACCUGUGUGCACACACCAGCCUAGAGCAACACCCGGGAGGACUUUCUGAUAAGGAGCAGAGACUCGUGGACAAGCUUUACUCUGGCUUAACCCAAGGGCACAGGGCCUGCUUGGCAGAGGCCAUAACGCUGGUGGAGUCAACCCACUGCAGGAAGAAAGAGCUGGCCCAGGCGCUGCUUCAGAGAGUGCUCGCCUACCACAGAAAGCAAGAGUUACAGAGAGGAAAACCACUCGCCUUUCGAGUAGGACUGUCCGGGCCCCCUGGUGCUGGCAAGUCAACCUUUAUAGAGUAUUUUGGGAAAAUGCUCACUGAGAGAGGGCACAGGCUGUCCGUGCUGGCGGUGGACCCUUCUUCCUGCACAAGCGGUGGGUCUCUUUUAGGUGACAAGACCCGGAUGACUGAGUUGUCACGAGACAUGAAUGCGUACAUCAGGCCGUCCCCCACUAGUGGGACUUUGGGAGGUGUGACAAGGACCACAAACGAGGCCAUUCUGUUGUGUGAAGCAGGGGGAUAUGACAUCAUCCUAUUUUCAAUUUCAGGUGUGGGCCAGUCAGAGUUUGCGGUUGCUGACAUGGUUGACAUGUUUGUGUUGCUGCUGCCACCCGCAGGAGGAGAUGAAUUGCAGGGCAUCAAAAGGGGUAUAAUUGAAAUGGCAGAUCUGGUGGCUAUAACUAAAUCCGAUGGGGACUUGGUUGUGCCAGCGCGAAGGAUACAGGCAGAGUACGUGAGCGCGCUGAAGUUGCUCCGCCGGCGCUCCCAAGUCUGGAGAUCACAGGUAAUUCGCAUUUCUUCCAGAAGUGGAGAGGGGAUCGCUGAGAUGUGGGAUAAGAUGAGGGACUUCCAGGGCCUCAUGCUGGCCAGCGGCGAGCUGACCGCCAAGCGGAAGCAGCAGCAGAAGGUGUGGAUGUGGAACCUCAUUCAGGAGAAUGUACUGGAGCACUUCCGGACCCACCCCACGGUCCGGGAGCAGAUCCAGGCAAUGGAGGAGAAGGUCCUCGAUGGGGCCCUGUCCCCGGGCCUAGCAGCAGACUUGUUGCUGAAAGCCUUUAAAGGCAGAGACUGAGGAAAAUGUGUCCUAAGACUGUAUACGACAUCUCCCAACUAUUUCACUAUUAAAAGUCACUUGU